GUGUCACAUCUCAGUCAUCAAACUGCAAAGAGAAAUUGAAGGACCUGGGGCAAUUCAUGGAUACAGAAAUGGAAGGAGAAGAAAGUGAAGAAAGUAGGGGAGGGAAGGUUAUGGAAGGAGUAGCGUCAAUAGCGCUGUUGCCAAGUGGGUCCAUUUCGGGCCACUUCAUUCAGCUUCCCAACUCUCUCUGCCUUGGCCUCUGUGGCACUGAGUUAGCCUGUGAAAGAGAAUGCAGCAGGGGAGAGGACUACCGUUUGAUCAGGCUCACCGUUAUAGACUUCAAUAGUGGAAGGGAGAAGGACAUGGUGGUGGAAUGCAGAGGGCAUGAUGCUGCUAGAAUGUGUAAUGUUGAUCAUGCUCAUUGGUGGGAAAAGGACGUUGUGUGUAUGCUUGAACCAAAGGAGGGGAAUUACAAGGUUAUAAUUUCUUUUGAGUGUGAGACUUUGAAAGCUGAUGAAGCAGCAGAGGACCACAUCAAGAAGUUCAUGCCAAAAUUAGCUGGGAUAGAUGCUGUUGUUAAUAUCGGCUGGAUAAAAAUGUUUGGCUUGGACUUUGAUGCGGAAGCUGAGGAGCAGCAGAGAGCUACUCUAGAAGUUGUGAGAUUGCUGGCGCAAAAGACCAAAGAAGUUGGAUUUGAGUUUCUUAAUACAAUGCUGUUAAAUGCUCAUGAGGAAAUGAACAAUAGCUUGGGCUUUGGAUAUGCUGAUGAGGAUGGCUGCAUUUUGACAUAG